UUCUGAAACUGUUAUAUGAAAGUUAAAUACGGCCACCUUUGCUCUAUUAUGUGUGUAACCUCCUUCUAACGUUUCUGAUUGCUCUUUAACCUAAAAUAGUUUCGGAACCAGAGCUGAAAUGGACACGUUUUUCGCAACAAUCGCUGUAGUUGGUACUGGAUGUCUGAGUUAUUUUUUCUAUAUUCAUUUUUACACUUCUCACUCCCUUUUUACAACUACUGCGGUGUUUGACUGGAAACGGCGCUUGCCAGGUUAUGUGUAUUUACUGAUUAGAUAUAUAUCCCGGUCUGUUUGGAAGAAACGCGGUCAAUUAACGGAGAAAAAUACAAAUGACGAACUUGCUUUUUCACUAAUUAACUGCAGGUACGAGGCGACCUCUCUGCGGAGGUACUGCAGUGCUGUGGGCUAUGGCGGGGACUACCCAGACAGCGAGUUUAGGGACAUCCCGCUGCUCUACCCCGAGUUCCUCUUCGCCCGCUUACUCAACAUGGUCGUAUGUUCAGACCGCUUUAAGUUAAAUCCUCGCGGGCUGGUGCGCGUGUGUGAGACGGUGCAACUGCUGCAGCCCCUGGAUGAGCUGAAGAGAGGCACGUUCUCCCUGCAGGUGGAGGUGAUGGAGUACAGGAGUGUGAGUGGAGGGGUGGAGGUGGUGCUUAGACUCAGUGCUAAAAGCCUCCAGCAGGGAGAGCUAGUCUGGACCAGCAUCCUCACUCUGCUCUCCCCAAGGGCUGCGUACACACACACACUGCAGCUCGAUGCACAAGAUGCUGAGGGAAUGUGUGUGAGGUGUGUUAAGGUAGCAGUUCCAUGGUGGGCAGGUGUGGGGGGUGUGUGCUCGGAGCACGUCCUCCCCGUUCCGGUCUCGGUGCUCGGGUAUGGCUGUCCCACAUCCCUGUGGUCUCUCUCCAGGUGUCUGGCAGAGACAGAGAAGCUGAAAGGAGCCGAGGCCAUGAGAGCUCCUCUCACCCUGACUGUGCGCUACACACACCCUCUCUCCUUACCGAAAGCCGUCAACAUCAGGAUCAGCGAGACGACAGCUGGCCCGGACACGCAGCCAUGCAGAAACUACGUCCUUCACAUGGAGGACCAGAGGACAGGUGCACUGCUCCUGAUGGGGGCGAUAGAGAGACUGUAGAAUAGGAGUGGUGGGACGAAACUGUUUCUCUACUCGGUGUGUGAUGUCGUGUUACACUGAAGCCGAGAACGUCCGCUGCAAAAACUGCAGAGUUCUACGUGUGUAUAUACAUGUAUACAAAAUUCUACAUAUACAUACUACUACAACCACCUGAACACUGUGAGUACAAAUUCCAGAUGGACCCCAGGGCAGUGACCCUGUUUCAGAACACCUGAAUGUUCACACGUGUGAUGUGAUGCAGUAAAGUGUUUCCUCAUAUUCAAUAAAAUACUUACCAGUA